CCUUUAAAAGCAGAGCAGAGCUCCUCUCCGCUUGCAUUUGGUGCCGUGCCUGCCGUCAAGGGUUUCCUUCCUCCUCCUCCUCCUCCACUCCACAGCCGCCCAUCGCCAGACCGGAUUGGAUCUAAGCCCAGGUAGCUACCUAUGACAGCCAUACUGCCAAGAACCACCCCAAAGGCGGCGGCGCUGUUACUACGCUCAGUGCCGCCGCACGGUGCUGCUCGGCUCGCACGGUUCUUGGGCUGCGUCUCUGCUGCUUGCAGUAAUGCGGGGAUUGCUUCAGUGGAGUUCGUGCCAUGGCACAAUGGUGGGGGCAUCCUGCACAGGGCUGCGUCCGUUGACCCCACCGUGGUGGUGGAGGCCGGCGCCGUGGUGCACUCUGGUGCUGUCCUUGGUAAGGAGGUUGUCGUUGGGUCUGGAGCUGUGGUUGGGCCUUCGGUGUCCGUCGGGCAGUCGACUAGGAUUGGGUACAAUGUUGUCUUGAGCAAUUGUUCGGUGGGCGAGUUCUGUACUAUCCACAAUGGAGCCUGUAUUGGUCAAGAUGGUUUUGGUUUUUUUGUGGAUGAGGAUGGACAGGUUAAGAAGAAACCACAGAUGCUGCAUGCAAGAAUCGGAGACCAUGUGGAAAUAGGCGCAAACACAUGCAUUGACAGAGGCAGUUGGAGAGAGACAGUGAUUGGAGAUCAUACCAAAAUUGAUAAUCUUGUUCAGAUAGGUCACAACGUGGUAAUUGGAAAGUGCUGCAUGAUUUGUGGACAAGUAGGGAUUGCUGGUUCUGCAACAUUGGGGGCUUAUGUUACUUUAGGUGGUAGGGUGGCGAUUCGGGACCAUGUCUCCAUUGCAUCAAAGGUCCGACUUGCUGCAAAUAGUUCAGUGACAAAGGAUAUUCAGAAGCCCGGUGACUAUGGUGGAUUUCCUGCUGUACCGAUAAAUGAAUGGCGCCGGCAAACUGCUAAGUUGCGCUUGUUUUCAAAGAAAGAUGGUGAGAGAAGAUAGCAUCUCAGCCAUCCCUCGAUGCCAAAUGUGCUGUAACUGAUUUUCUUUUUCCGGGCAUUAGUUACGUUUUUUUUGGUAACUUGACUAGUGAAAAGUUGUAGUAUCCCAUUUUUAACAGAGUUACAUCUGUUUGGCUCAAGGUUCAGAUCACCUGUACUGCAGAACGAGGGGAUUGUUUGUUUCAUUUCAUUUAUUCGAUGAAAUUGGAUGAAUUUUGAUUUGUUUAA